UAUAAACUAUUCUGGAAUGGUCAAAAGACGGCCGAAAAUGGUGUUGGAAUUUUUGUCAGAGAACCGCUAGCCCAAGAAGUACUGGAUAUUAAAAAUAUUAAUUCACGUCUCAUGUGGAUCAAGCUUCGCAUAGAAAAGCAAACAAUGAUUAUUUUUUCUGCAUACGCACUACAGAUAGGCGAAUCAGAAGAGAUGGAAAAUGACUUCUGGGCUGCAUUCUCUGACACCAUCUCAACAAUACCAAAAUCUGAAACAAUCCUGAUUGGAGGCGAUCUCAAUGGCCACGUUGGA